AUGGGCACAAGAUUCAAGACCGAAUCCAAAGACCCCGAGGUCAAUGUGACGACAUGGGUUCUGCUGGUCGUGGUCAUUCUGAGUGUUUCUGCUCGACUCGGGACGAAGUUCAAUUUGUUCCAUAAGUUGACAGUGGAUGAUAUUUUAAUGGUGGCAUCGCUGGUGUUUUGUAUUGUGCAGAGCAUAAUCAUUUCCAUGGCAGUAGCCUCUGGCUAUGGCAAGCACUUUCGUGAUGUGUCCCCGUCGGAGUUUGACCAGGUGAUGAAGUAUCUCUACGCAGGCUCGCUUCUCUACCUGAUCAGCCUCACCCUCUCCAAACUAUCGCUGGCCGUUUUCAUCCGCAGUCUGACGCCAACCUCGAAAGAUCGUCUGUAUGCCCGGAUCGUCGAGGGGAUGAUCUGUGCCUGGGCUCUCGUCACCUUCUUCGGAACAGCAUUCCAAUGUUCUGCGCCACGGACUUGGGACUUUUGGAAUGGAAAAUGCUUCAACGAGAUGGCCUGGCGCUUUUUCGUCUCCGGCUCCAACAUCGUCACCGACCUGAUCAUUUUCUCCCAAGCCAUGAUCCUGAUAUACAGUAUCCAAACAUCCGUGAAAAGACGAAUGAUCUUCGCAGGCAUCUUCAUGCCGAGACUCCUUGUCACAGCAGCAACCAUCGGCCAACUCUCUCUCAUAAGACGCAGCACCGAAUCCGCAGACCCAACCUACGGCCUCUGUGACCUCACUGUCAUUGAAGUCAUAAUCCAAUGUCUAAGCAUCGUAACUGCAUGCUGGGGCCAACUCAAGCCCUUCCUCUCGUGGAUGCGAACAAAUGGACUCAAGAUCGAGGGCGUGGACGAUCCCACUAGUUGGAACUACAAGUACAGCCGGUCGCAGACGCAAGGACGCAGUCAACGCGGUCACGACUUCCCGCUGUCUAUGCGCGAUCAGAUUCUUGUUACGCAGGAUUGGGAGGUUGAUAGUCAGUCGAGUCGGGCGCAAAUCAUCGAGACCCAUCCCUGGUCCACUGAUGGGAAAGGAUCGCCAGAACGAUUGAGUGGGUGA